AUGCAGCUUGUCGAGGAGCUUGAGCAAUGGUACCAAGACCGCCCGCAAGGGUUUCAGCCCAUGCUGGAACUUGAAGUUGAUGAUCAGGCCGUCGACCAGCGGCAAAGCUUUCCCAUUGUACUUUUCGCCAAUGGGGCCGGGGUUUUCGCCAACCAGCUAUAUCAUACUGCCAUGUUGCUCCUAUUACAUAGCCGGCCACGAACGGCGUGUAUUGCCGAGUUCCCUUCCGCGACAAUGUCCUCCCUUUGGCAUGCGCAACGGAUCUGCAGCAUCGCCAUUAAUAAUGAAAGACGGGAAUGCUGGGACCCCUGCCUUCUAGCAUCUUUUCUUGUGGCGGCUCGUCGCAUGACCCACGAAUCACAGCAGCAGGAAAUUUUGCGAGGGAUUGAGCGUAUCCGCAGAGUGACUGGAUGGGAUGCUAGCGACCUAGUUUGUGAUCUUCAAGCGGAGUGGGGCUUGCUUGAGACGUAG